AUGUCUUGUUUACAAUUUUUACAAUUACAACAGACAAAUGUAGAAAAGCUUUUGAAUGAUUUGAUUUCAUCAUAUAAUAAUAAAAAAUUCUCCGAUACAAAAAUAAUCGUUGGUGAAGAGGGAAAAAUUGAAACAAUUUAUGCUAAUUCUUUUAUACUUAAGAUACGUUCUGAAUAUUUUCAAAGUGCCUUUUCAGAAGGCUGGAGUCGAAAGGUAGAUGAAUAUUUUGUUAUAAAAAAGCCGAAUGCCACACCCGAUUCUAUGAAUAUUAUUAUUAGAUUUCUUUAUGGCGUAGACUUCAAUGCAUCACAUGAUAUGAGAACACUUUUGAAUACAUUUUUGCUCGCGGACGAAAUGGGUAUCAUGGUAUUACAUGAUGAACUGAAGUCAUAUUUCAUCGAAAAUAUCAUAACUAUUAUGAAAAACAACCCAUUAUUGAUUUUAGAAUUUGUUAAGAUAUUCAUUUUGUAUGACGAUUUGAAAGAAUUAUUGUUAAAAGCUUUGUGUUUGAAUCCGGCGUUAUUAUUCAAUUUCGAUAACAAAGAAAUUCCUGAAAGUAUUCUCUAUGAAUUAAUAUCGAGGUCAGAGUUAUGUCUGGAAGAAAACUUGUUAUUAAGCAGAAUUAUUCAAUGGUUGUUGGAUACAAACGGGUUUCCAGAUAAGGUAUAUUUAAUAGAAUAUAUAAGGUUCAACCAGAUCACUUCUGACGAAAUUAAUGAUAUAUUUCGUAAAUAUAAGAGGAAAAAUAUAAAUAAUGAUAUACUUUCUGAAGUGCAAAAAUAUUACGAAAAAUUCAAAGACAAUAACUAUGAUAUUCGAGAUGGUAAUUUUUGCCUCAGAUCUGAAAUUAUAGAUUUAGACACAGCCAAAAAAUUAAUCACAUGGAUAAGCAGAAAAGAAUAUUAUAAUUGUUGGUACAAGUUUAAACUUUUAUAUAAUAUGAAGCGUGAUGGUUUAAAGUCAGAAACCUUUCAUAAAAACUGUGAUGGAAAAGGGCCCACAAUAGUAAUUAUUAAAUUACUUGAUGGAGAUUUAAUAGGUGGUUAUUAUCCAUUAGACUGGGAAGGUGAAAAUGUUUGGAAAAAAACAAGUGAUAGUUUUCUAUUUCAAAAAAGUCGUCAUAACUACAAGAAAGUAAAUAUUAAACCAGGAUCCGAAGAAAUGGCCAUUAGUUGUAGAAGUGAAUACGGUCCAACAUUUGGAAGCACCGAUUUGUGUAUUCAGAAUGGUUUGGAUUUUUGUAUGGUUAUAAAUUCACAUUAUGAAAGUUUAAAUGUGUCAGGAAGAUUUCAGAUG